CUAUGCAGAACAGUUUCUCCCAAAGUAACAUGACGCCAAACAGGAAAUACUCAGAUAGCCUAUCCAGCCCCACCCGCCUCAGCCUGUCAGAUGGGUCGGAGGACCAGCUGGACCGCCUCCAGCAGGUGGAGCUGGCCAGGACAACACCCAUGUCUCAGUGGAGGGCGGGCACUGUGCAGGCCUGGCUAGAGGUUGUCAUGGCAAUGCCCAUGUACAUCCGCACCUGCUCAGAAAACGUCAAGAGUGGCAAGGUCUUACUGGGGCUAACGGAUGAAGACCUGGAGCUGGGUUUAGGUGUCAGCAGUUUAAUGCAUCGCCGGAAACUCCGCCUGGCCAUCGAGGAUUACAGAGAUGCUGAGAACGGUAGAGGGCUGUCCAAGGCUGCAGAUAUGGACCACCACUGGGUGGCCAAGGCCUGGUUAAGUGACGUGGGCUUGCCUCAGUACUCCCAGGCCUUUCACACUCACUUGGUAGACGGACGCAUGCUGAACUCCCUCACGCGUCGCGAUCUCGAACGUCCCCUCAACAUCACCAAGAAGUUCCACCAGGUCAGCUUGCUGCUGGGCAUCGAACUGCUGCACACACUCAAUUUUGACAAGGAGGCACUGCAGGCUCGCCGGAUACAGUGUGAACACCAGAAUGUGGAUCCAUUGGUAUGGACCUCUCAUCGGGUCAUCAAAUGGAUCAGAGAUAUUGACCUGAAGGAGUUUGCUGAAAAUCUCCAAAACAGUGGAGUUCAUGGAGCCGUCCUGGUGCUUGACCCCACGUUCAACACUGAUGCUAUGGCAACAGCACUGGGGAUCCCCAGCAGCAAGCACAUGGUUCGCCGACACCUUGUUGAGGAGAUGAAAACCCUGAUUGGCCCAGCCAGGGCGGAUGCCAAACAGGACUAUGAGCAUUUAGGCCUGGGAACACCACCAACCCUGCUUCGUCAGAACUCACUGGGCAGACCACCCAGCUCUGCCAGCCGACACACUGAUGACGAAGGGUCGCUGAGAAGGAGGGCUGUCAAGCCUCCGGCAGGGUUCAGCCCAAAAGCCCGCAGUGGGCGGGACUUGAGUUGCCAUAGCAGCUAUGGCUCUCUGCCUCGGGAAGUUCGAGACCAGACUCCGCCCAGAGCUGAGGGAAGUCCAAUCCACGGUUACACCAGCAUUGAAGUCACCAACGUGUGAGGUCAUCAGAGUGCAACAAAGAACAGACAUCAGCUUCAUCAACGCUAAAUCUACAUCAUGGACAGUUUUCCAUUUACACCUGUACAUGGGAUGGUUAUUUUUUUGUAAAGAUGCACCUUUAGAGGACAGAUUGCACUUUUUAAAAGGAACAGGAUUCUUUUUUACAAGUUUCCUGUUUUAAGAAAAACCUUAAUAAGACUCAGUGUGGGUAGGUGGUAUUAGAUUUUUCCCCAAACCAAGAAUCAAAAGAUGAAGGACUCAAGCUAAAUGAUUAUUUUUUUAUGUUUUUGUGUGUAAAUGGUUCUUUAAGAACCAGGAUGUGAUGUUGUUUUUGUUGACUAGUUGCUAUUGACAGACAGUCUGUUACUCUGAUGAAAAUGAGAUUUAAAAAACAAAACAAAACUGUGUACAAUACAGGGUAUUUAAAGGCAAAAUGAAAAAAAGUUUAAUAUCAGUGUAAAUUGUUCUUGUUUCAUUCAGUUCUGCUGUUUGUGAUGCCUUGUCAUUGUAGCUGAGGACAGUGGAAAAAGAAAGACCUAAACUGAAUUUUAAAUUUUAGAGUACACUAUGUUUGAUAGUCUUUUUUCAUCUUGCACAUUUACACUGUUGUGUCUAAACAAAUGUAGCACCCUCCUCUGAUGAUGUUUUAUACUGUGCGAUAAACAUGGAAUAUUAUAUGAACAGUGCUAACAAAAGAUAACUGCAGAGUUGUACGUCCAUGGAAGCCUGCGGGCUAACAGGUGUAAGGAUGCAAUUAUGUGAAAAUGAAAGUGUUACUUUUAAAG